AAUUCUCAUAUUUGGCAUCUCAAGUACAUGCACAAAAGCAACUUAGGAUGUAAGUUUAUAUGCACAUUCUUGAAAUAGAACCUAUUUAGUACGUAGUACUUAAUUAGUUACAGUAGUAUUAUUUAUUCUCUGCUACAGAGCUAUGGUUUAUCAAAUAUAUCAGAUUAUCAUUUGUUGUGUAGGCCAUUUCCUUAUUUGUACUUGGUAUUAAUUCUGGCAAAAGCACAAAACUGGGAAAUGAGGUUCUUCUUCCUUAAUAUUGAGUCACAGAUUAGUACCACUACUAUAGCCAAGAAAAUGUGAAAUCAUAUAGUACUAAAUAUUAAUUUCAGAUGCCAAAACCAUAAAUUUCCCCUCCUCCAUCAUUGAAAACCCCCUCUGUCCUUUCCCCUAGAGAGACCCCUUUUUCCUCUCUCUCUCCUUUCUCUUUUUAUUAGACGCAUAUAUUCUCUCUUCUUUCUCUUUCUAGGGUUUUCACCUGAAAUAGUUUUAUUUCGGUGAUAUGUUAGGAUCCUUUGGUUCAUCAUCUCAAUCUCAUGAUGAAGAAACUGAUGAUCAACGGCGGAGAUUCAGUUCCACUUCCCCUGCAAUCCAAAUCCGGCAACUACUCAUUAGCUGCGCGGAGUUAAUCUCGCGGUCCGAUUUCUCGGCCGCAAACAGACUCCUCACCAUUUUAUCAACUAACUCUUCCCCUUUUGGUGAUUCAACUGAAAGAUUAGUCCAUCAGUUCACUCGCGCACUUUCUCUUCGCCUCAACCGUUAUAUCUCUUCAGCCACUAAUUUCUUGACACCAUCUAAUGUUGUUGAAAGUUCAAAUGAUUCAGCUCUACUUCAGUCAUCCUAUCUUUCCCUAAACCAAGUGACUCCUUUCAUUAGAUUUAGUCAGCUAACUGCUAAUCAAGCGAUUUUGGAAGCUAUUAACGAUAACCAACAAGCGAUCCACAUCGUUGAUUUUGAUAUUAAUCACGGUGUUCAAUGGCCACCGUUAAUGCAAGCACUAGCUGAUCGUUACCCUCCUCCAACUCUUCGGAUUACCGGUACUGGAAAUGACCUUGAUACCCUUCGUAGAACCGGAGAUCGUUUAGCUAAAUUUGCUCACUCUUUAGGCCUUAGAUUUCAGUUUCACCCUCUUUUGAUUACCAAUAAUAAUGACAAUGAUCAUGACCCUUCAAUAAUUUCUUCUAUUGUUCUUCUCCCUGAUGAGACAUUAGCUAUCAACUGUGUAUUUUAUCUUCACAGGCUCUUGAAAGACCGCGAAAAGUUAAGGAUUUUUUUGCAUAGGAUUAAAUCCAUGAACCCUAAAGUUGUAACGCUGGCCGAGAGAGAAGCAAAUCAUAAUCACCCACUUUUUUUGCAAAGAUUUGUGGAGGCUUUGGAUUAUUAUGCAGCUGUGUUUGAUUCAUUGGAAGCAACUUUGCCACCGAGCAGUAGAGAGAGGAUGACAGUGGAACAAGUUUGGUUCGGGAGAGAAAUAAUUGAUAUAGUAGCAGCAGAAGGAGAUAAGAGAAGAGAAAGACACGAGAGAUUCAGAUCAUGGGAAGUAAUGUUGAGGAGCUGUGGAUUUAGCAAUGUUGCUUUAAGCCCUUUUGCACUCUCACAAGCUAAACUUCUCUUGAGACUUCAUUACCCAUCUGAAGGAUACCAGCUUAGUGUUUCGAGUACGAGUAAUUCUUUCUUCUUGGGUUGGCAAAAUCAACCCCUUUUUUCCAUAUCUUCUUGGCGUUAAAUUUAAAACCCUAAAAAACAAGAUUUUUAUCUAUCUGCAUGGUGAAGGACAAAGAGGUCUUCAAUCUCAGGUUCUUUUUUUUUUUUUUUUUAUAUAUAUAUCUUGUUUGGGUUUAAGGUUAUUGGGCUGAUGAAUGUUUUAAUUUUAACAUAGGUCUACUUACGUAGUAGUUAUAGGUUGAUAAUGAGAUAUAAUUAACUAAGUCUUUGUAUAAUGCAGAUCCUGAACUUAAUCUUUAUUUGUAUUAUUUUUUUUUGUUACUGAAAGAUUCUGUUACCAAAUUUUAUCAGUCUAUUUAAUUAGAGGCCAACGAUUGUUAG